AUGACCCAAGACGAGAUCGUCACCUCUCUGAUCCACGCCAAUGACCCUACGCCGCUGCCUAAACCGGCUCCGGCCCAUAUCAUGGACAGGAGCAUCAUGGAUCUCUUCUCGCUCAAGGGCAAGGUCUGCGUGGUGACCGGUGCCGCUAGAGAGAACGGAAUCGGCUACGCGGCCGCCCAGGCGUACUGCGAGGCCGGGUGCGACGUUCUGUGCAUCUGGGACUACUCCGACGCGACCGAGACUUGCGAGAAGCUCGCGCUCAAGUACGGAACCAAAACUAAGGCCUACAGAGUGAACGUGGCGUCGUCCAAAAACGUGGCCGAGACCACAAACGCCGUGGUGGAAGAGUUCGGCCGAAUCGACGUGUUUGUCGCCAACGCCGGCGUUGUCUGGGAGACCGGCUCGAUUCUGGAGGACAUCAACGACGACGACAAGAGCUGGCACCGCGUGGUCGACGUCGACCUGAAUGGAGUGUACUACUGCGCCAAGAACAUCGGCAAGGUGUUCAAGAAGCAGCGGUCCGGCUCGCUCGUCAUCACCGCGUCGAUGUCGGGCAUGAUCGUCAACGUGCCCAACUACCAGAUGCCGUACAACGCUGCCAAGGCCGGCUGCAUCCACAUGGCCAAGUCGCUCGGUGUCGAGUUUUCCGCCUUCAACGCCAGAGUCAACUGCGUGUGUCCGGGCUACAUGGACACCGGACUCUCCGACUUCCUCGACAAGAAGAUCCUCAAUGCGUGGUACCAGAUGAGUCCUAUGGGCAGACAGGGUGUUGCGAAGGAGCUAGCUGGUGCGUACCUUUAUCUGGCUUCCGACGCGUCCAGCUUCACGACCGGCUCUGCGAUGGUGUGCGACGGCGGGUUCACGUGUCCAUGA